CAAUACCGCCACUGGUAGUAAAUCCUCCAUCUCACCAGGAUAGAAAUUUCGGGGUGUCAAAGAGAUCCUGGAACGGCGUGAUGCGGGUUCGAAAGCAUCGGGAGCCUGAGAAAGUUUAACGCCCCGGCUUGUCGACGCAUCCCAAGUUUCAACUGAACCCAGUCCCCACACAACUCGACCCUUCCUCCACAUCUCCCCCCCACCAAUCGUAACCCCUAGCUACCAACCUCCUCGCGUCGUUUGCAGCUGUCGACCUUCUACCGGCAUCAUACUUCUGCCUCAUAUCACACCAUCACGACAGUGUUAGCAAACUCCACAAACAUGCUACACCACGACGAAAACUCGGCUUCUUCGCCUGGCUGGAACCCCCCGGCCCAUCUCGAGGCCCGGUUCAGCAGGAAGCGCCGCAGGCCCGGAACAUCCUCCCCUUGCAACCACCCACUGACAAACUCGAACCUUGCCACGACCCGCCGCCAAACUCUCCUCGAGACCCGUAAAUCGCUACUCCGCCAACGCGCAGCACACGUCGAGAAGGUCCGCCGGGCGCGAGCUAAUUCCCACGAAGCCGUAAGCGAGCGUCUUCUUGCCCUGCAACAAAGCCUGAGCCAAGCACACAAUAGCCGGAAUGCUAUUCUGGCCAAGAUUGCGGGGAGCUGUGCUAGUGAGGUUGCGAAGGCGAAGCAGGUUGCACAGGAGAUCAGAGCCAGACGUGAAGAGGAGGCGAAGGCCUUGAAGAGUGGGGUUGAGGAACGGAUGCUUGAGGCUGAGAGGAGAAGGAAGGAAGUUCUUCGUGAGCGUAGAGGCAAGAGACGGGAGAGAGGGUCUAGCUCCAGUGUGAAGGUUGACGGCAGCAGUGAAGAGGAAGGUGAUGACGCCGUUGCUGGGUCUCUGCAGAAGAUCCGCCUUGGCGCCUCUAAACCUACCGAGAUGCUUAGGGAGGAGGCGGCGAUUCACAUCCAGCGGCUUUAUAGGAAUUAUAGGAAUAGGGAGGUUGUGGGGAGAUUCUUGGAGCUCGGGCUUACUAUCGAGAGUGUUAGGGACACUAGUUUUGAGGCUAUUUCUAUAAAGUUUCAGGAAGAGAAGGUUCGGAAAGCCACUACAAGGCUUUUGAAGCUUUGCGGGCUAUUAGAGCAUCUUGAAGAGGGGCGGGUUGAGAUUGAAAAGGCUUGUAGGACUUUUCUAAGUGCUUUUUUGAUACUUGGUCAUCCGGGUGAGGUUUUGAGUGAUGACGGUGAGAGUGAGAAAGUAAUACCCACUGAUAACCCGAGCCCAAAAAUGCACGCUAACCUUAACCGCUUUAAACAGGCUUUGAUAACUAAAUCUAAAGAUCUCCUGAUCGCCUUCGAGUCCUUUUUAUCUUCUCCUACAUUCCCUCCUGACCAAAGCCUCUUUGCCGCGUGGGAUGCCUUCAAUACAGGGUUUACGUCCUGGAAAACUCGGGAUUCCGAAAUACUUAUCAAUACCAUGGUAGCCCAGUAUGCUGAGCUAGAUCUCAUUUGGCAGAAGGUUAAAGAUGACACGGAGGAGCACGUUGCGUUGGACUUCAAAGAAGGCAUCAGAGAGAAUCAACUGUUACUACUCGUUCGCAUCCGGAGACUCGCUGGGGAACGGACCAGGGCUUUGAUAAGACAGGCCGUCAAAGAUGCUAGAAGGACGAGACUGCCCAGGAAAGAAAAGGGCGACACAAGACCAAGAGCCACCCCCACUGCUUCUGAUGGUAAUUCGGUUUCCACUGAGGUCGAGAGCUCUUCCGUGUCUUCCGGUGCCGCCGCUGCCUCCCUCUCACCAGCUGGUUCGCCUCAGCCUCCUGAAACACCAGCCGGCGUGGCAGAUCAAAGUAGGUUUCCUCCGAUGGAAAAUGGUGCGAUAUUCUCAAAUCGCCAGGUCGUCCACGAGCUAGCCCUCGAUAAGGAUUUCAAACUAGGAGCCAGAAAGAAAGGUGGGCUGGAAAGGGUGGUGGAUGAACAGGCUAGAAGAGCCUUUUGGGAUGCCAUGAAGGAAGAUGUCCUAGAACGCGGAGAGCUGGCCAAGUGGAUACCGGGAAUGGCAGGGAGUGUCAAGGAGAAGCUGUUGCGGCUUUUGGAAUCGACUGGUUCACUCCACAGGAUGAUCUCCGAUAGCAUCGAUAUUCAGAUCAUCGAGCAGCAGUGCCGUGCUGGCUCCUAUGAUUACGAGAAAUUCUUCUCUUUUGUUCUCUCCAUUCUUCCCAAGAUUUGCUCACCUGCUAGAGACGAGGACGUACAAGCGCUCAUCAAUGACACCACCAGUAAUUAUAUUCAUCGUCUUCAACGGUUAUUCGAUGUCUUGGAACUCUUGCAGCUGGAUCACGCAAACUUUCUCCUCAUGAUGUCUGCCCAAUACGUGAUACCUGAAGCAGUGCCCUACGAGCGCCGCUUGUUCGCUGCAGACCUCGAGGCCGGUCGAACCACUCUGACUCAAACAAAACGGUGGCUCCUGAAGGCUAAAGAGGAGAAACUCCAAGAAGCUCGGUCACGCGAUCCCGAGGGCGUUAAUCACCCAUCCAAUAGGCCGCCAUCUACUGGAAUCUACAAUCACGCCUUCGCAUCACUGGUCAUGUCAUUGGGUGGGCCUCUGACGCUUCAAGAAGUCCCCGAAACUUUCCAUCUGGAUAUUGAGCGGAUCCGGACUUAUCGCGAGGAAUUCCGAAGCCUGGUACUAGGUGCAGCGAUGGGACUAACCAUCAAGAAUCUUCUGCAUCGCGACGUUCGUAGUUCCUGGAAGCCCCUCAAAGACCGCAUCUCCACCGAUCUAUCCUCAGAAACCCCCCUCGAACCACUAGCCAUUGCCCAGGACCUCUGUACAUUCCUGCGGGAAACUGUAGCUACACCAAAGCAAGUGGUCUCCCAUGUUACCUCCGCCAUCACCCGUAUCGCAGCUCGCUCGGGGUCUCAGGAGCACCAGGACCCUGUUGUCAGAGUCGUCUCGAACAGACUCCGCGGGUUCGUCCUCGCAAGACUCAAUGCGGGCACUUCCAAGGAGAAGGUCCGGCUUGCUACGGGUGGUGGGGAUACUCUUACUAGCUUUGGCAUGGCCGAGUGGAUUUCCGAGGUUGGGGCUUUUGUGGAGAGGAGCGUUGCGUUGACGGACUUGAACAGAAAUUGUUAUGCUGUUUGGUAUGACGGGAUCUUGGCUUAAGCUUGCUUGGUCCUAUAAAAGAGCCCGGAGAUGGUGGUUUGGCGGUUUGUGUUUUUGCCCGGCGAUAGUGGGAUGUUUUGUGUUAUUGCUUUGUUUUUGCUCGGUUUCUUCUCCACUUUUGUACUGUAGUGUACUACUGGGUUUGGCACUUUAGUGUAUGGCGCGUCCCUCCGCUCGUUGGCAUUCGCUGUUCGUAUCGUAUAUUGUAUUGUAUCGUAAAAUCCAUGGUGCAAUUCACUCCG